AUGACGGAGAAGGAGGCAAUCGCCGCCGCUCAGCCACAAGGGUCUGUUUACAUGACAACCAGAAGGGUAGCCGAAGAUGCAGCUGGAGGCGCGGACAGCCCGCGACAUGAAGAUGUGGUGAAACGGUUGUGGAGGGUCGGAGAAGGAAGAUGGUUUUCUUGGCCAUGGAGAAGCACUCUCGUAGGGUCAGGACUCAUGCAGGACAAGCACAGGACGAGAGAAAUCUCCGAAAAAACAGUAUCCCAGUACAAGGCAGCAAACAAACUUCCGUUCAGGCCUCCUCGCCGAACAGAGAUUUUUGAGGUCCUGAGUGGUCAAGAACUGAUGAUGUUUUCUCAGCCUCUGAUGAUCGUCAGCGGAGUUGGGUUCAGUGACCACCUCAGUCACGACGAUUUAAUUGAAGUUGUGGAAACUCAGUUGCUGGCAAAGAGGGAGCAAGCAAGCGUGGGAAAUACUGCUACUUAUUCGGAUUGUGCAAAUGAAUGGGAACCUCUUACUGUGUACAAGCACCCUCGGUUGCGAACUGUCAUCGGUAAACUCUUUGGGCGCUACUGCUGGAUUCGAGCGGAAGAUUUCAAUGUUCGAAAUCACGUACUGAAACUAAAUAGACAUGAAGCUCUCUCACUCCUUCGUCACCAUAGUGGGACUCUUCACGGUCUUCACCACGGUGUUGUUCAACACUAUAAACGGGAACAACUAAGAAUUACUGACGAGGAAGGUUUAGCUACUACGUUCAGUAGCAGCGACAGCUGCGGAAGGUACAAAGACGAAAUCCUUUGCGACGAGGGCGACAACUGCAAGUGCGUGGUUACAUCUGCAGAGGCGCAGGCUUUGGAAAACGUCCUCGCUACCCAGGCAUUACAGCCGUCUAUGCCUCUAUGGCAGUUCGUUCUGCUUGAACAUGUUGAACUUCCAGGGUUGGACGAAGGAGACCGCUUGGAAGGAAAAAACUCAUCUUCACACAAGGACGACGACGCUGGGUCUGAUGACGCUUCGUUCAAUUCACGGCGCGUAGGGUCGAUGGUUAUGUUUCGAAUUCACCACGCGGUCGCGGAUGGAAUAGCAAUUACAAAUAUGUUUCUCUCUGAUGUGCUUUCCGCUCCUUGUCCACGGGGAUCCGGACAUGUUUCGUCCUCAUGUGGGCGAUUAUCAGAGGCUCAUUCUGUGAAGUGUGAAGCAGAAUUCGAUGUGACUUCUCCGCCUUCUCGUAAAAUGAAUGGGAGAAGUCGCUCGUUCCCUCUCCAACUUCUCAAAGGCCUGUAUGAUGAACUUGACACUGUACUUCCUCUUUCACGCGCCCAAGAAUCCAUUAGUCAUGCGUUAGGAGCUUCUCCAAAUUCAAGGCAGUUGAAGAGUCCAAACGCAGGAGCUGCCCGUUGUCCUGUCGUCCGCACAACCAUCACAGACCAACGAUUGCCUACUAUGGGCCAAGAUGAAGGGCAAGAUAAACGGUUUUACUCGUCGUCUCACUCGGCAGGUGACAUGCUGGGUAGUCACCAGACUUUCCCGGGAAGCCACCCAAAAAUGAAUGUACCAAAAGAUGGCUCAUGCGGCACCACGGAUGUGAUCAGUGGUAGACAGUCAAAUAGUUCUGAGAGGACAGAAGACUGUCCUGUUGGCACAACGGUUCACCGGCAGAAACGGCCAUUCGCUCCAGACAGAAGGCCAGUCAAAUCUUUGGUACCUCCCCUAAGACGUCCUUCCUCGAUAUUUUUGAGAGCAUUCAUGCAGCUCAUUUCCUAUUUGCACGUGCCCUUUACUGUCGUUUCGCUGCUCAUGUUGACGGAAGAGAAGUCGUGGGACUACCCGGAAAAACCGCGACCCCCAAGGUCAGGCAGAGUGUGGGUGUUGCAGCCUAUCCGAUUUAAGCUCCAGGAGUUGAAGAACCUUAGAAGGGCUCUUGCAGCACUUCAGCUCAUAAAGGAGAAAAAGAGCUUGAACGCUUCCAAUGAGCAGCUGCAAAGCGACAGCGCAUCUAUUUUAUCCAAGAAGCGAAUUCAUCGAUGGAGUGAGCAUCUUCGAAAAGAGCCACUUCGAAACCUCCUCGCGUCCGUUGGUAGCUUUAUCGGCAGAGUAGCCCACCGCGACAGCGCACGCUUUGCCUGCCUAAAUUCGUCGUCGGUGAAGAACAAACAGUCGGGGGACACUCAAGAUAUCCCUGCAGAAGCGGCCGCUGUACACUCUGGCACAGCGACGCGGCUGAACCAGCAAAUUAACUCGAUACCUGGAGAAGAGCAAGCUGCAAAAAUGACACUCUCAAAACAAGAUUUGUUCACAAUCAAUGAGCUCCUUGCUACAUGCCUAGUAGGUGGUAUUUGCCGCUAUGUCCACAAUAAGGUCGCCGUCAAGAACAGUGAUGGUGAAAGGCUCGCAACACUUUCCAGGACAAUACACGAGGGCCGUUCGAAAGCUUCGGAGUACCAAAAAUACAAUCCCUCCGGCCAGCAAGACCAGGACAACACGGUUAAACAUCGAACCACUGCGGCACUGCCUCAAACCAUAGCAAGCCUCAACGGAACAGGCCAAAGUGCCACAGAUCGCCACUCGGGCUCUACAAAAGCCAGGGUGCUGCCGUAUAACAAAAGUGUAAGCGGUCUAAGUGGCUACAGCAGUAGUACUUGCAGUACUACGACCAGCAUAAAAAGCAGCAGCUCUUCUUGUGUCCACGAGAGUGGCAGUGUCGAUAGACUACGAAGUGGGACGGAACAGUUUCUCCACGGACGCAGCCCUUGCAGCGGCUUAUGCCACGCUUUCGGCAGAGGGACGUCCUGCAGAAAAGAAGUGGCUGCUGACCAGACGUGCAUGCGUGGGCUCGAGGAAACCAGUCCUUCUGCGGGCAGCGUCCGUAGUAGGAUGAAUGGGUACGACGGAUCCGAACUGCAAUCUAUAGACCAGACGCCAUCGGCCCUCUGGGCUUGCAGCAGCUCUGUCGAUCGCACUUCGGAGCGUAAGGUGGAGGCAGACAUGUGGUGCAGCAGACGUUUGCAAGCUCUUCGGACAGCUAGAGAGGAACAAUCGACCUUGGAUCUGCCUCCGUGUGAAGGCAGAAAACAGUGUGACGAAACCUUCUCUCCUUUGUUCCACGGAUAUCAAAAGGAAGAAAAGAACGAAACUGUGAAUCAAUCCACCAGUAUCGAAGAUACAGCAUCACCGGAGCACUCUCUGUCAUCUUCAGGCGUCGACAAACUGACCCUACCGGAGGAUCAAACUCCUGCGACUCGGGAAAAUCAAGAGCAGAUUUUACAGAUGGAACUCGAUAUGCUCGAACAUUUGAUGCCUCAGCUAAAUAUUGUGGUGCCUGUGAACCUUCGGACCACAGAGGAAGAGUCAUUCGAGCUGCGGAAUAAUUUUACUUCGGCAGUAGUCCAGGUCGCAGCGGCUCAUGCCUUUAAGGCUGGUUCAGCAUACGAACGGUUGCUGGGUGUUCGAAAAUCACUGCGAAAGAGCGUCAAGAGUCUAGGCGCACAUGUGUUUGCCCUCAUGGAGAAAAUUUCGUUCUGUACCACUCCUGACUUCCUCCUGUUCCUGCAGAUCUGGCUGACCAAAAAGAUGUCGGUACUCUUCAGCAAUGUUCCUGGACCCUCUGAGCUGCCCCAAAUACAUGGCCGGCAAGUGCAUGCCAUGCACUUUAUCGGCCCGCUGGCUGGCCGGAUCAGCUUGAUCGUAAGCGCGUUUUCAUACGGUGACUACCUGGAUUUGGUUAUCACAACCGAUACAGCAGUGCUUGAGUCUCCGCAACUUCUCCGGCAGUGCAUCCUGGAUGAGUACAUGGAGCUCAAGCAACUGUGUCCAUCGAUCCAACUAUCCUGAUGGCCUCAACAAAUGGAACAGCCUUUUCUGGACUCUCUGGCGUCGUUUGCUUCGUCUGAGAGGCAUGCAUUCUGGAGAACUCGAGAUGAGAAACUUCUCACAGUCUUUAGAAAGCCCCACUGAUGGGCACUUUCUUUGUCAGCGUCUCACCCCCGGUAAAGAGCCGCCAGCUCAAGAACGCACGCCGCCUCUGUAUUUCUGUACGAGAUGAGACGAUUCGACGUCGUUGUACGUGCAGUAGUACUGCAACUGUUUUUUCACGUUGAGAUUUCUGCUAGCGACAGAAAGCAGUCGGGGCUCCUUCACGGAAAAUCAUGGGAAACUUUGUUCUUUC